AUCAACGCAAGCGCGGUGGAGGUCUGCGCGCAGGGAUGAGGGUGCGUCAGUCGGCGCUCGGCGACCGGAGGUGCUGCGCCGCGCCCCUUACCGCCAGAGCGUGGCUCGGGGCGUGGCGCUUACGUAAACACGCGUGGAACUCCCGCUGCGGCCACACCACUGUCCGUCCUAGAACGACCCCAUGUCGGCCAGCCGCCUUGAUAGUAUAUGUGGAUAGCUCACAGCACCCUGCCGCGCCGCCGCCGCUGCCAGGGCCACCACCGCUUACCGCGCUUAUAGCAUCAAAAGUGGAGAUGCAGGCGCGUGUCGCGCUGAUGGCGUUGGCGGCGCUGGGCGCGUUAGCGAUUACCAGCGGUGCGGCGGAGCGCGGCGGUGGCAUCAAGGUGGGCGGCGGUGCAACGGGCGCGGGGGGUCGUGAAGCAGCGCGGGGUGGUGGCGUGCGCAUCGGCGUCGUCGACGGGUUGCGUCGCCCGCGCACUUCGCCCGCUCCGCAGGCGCCCCGCGCGCCCAGUGUCAUCACCGCCGCCCUCGUCGUGCCCCAUAAGGCCUUCGGUGCACGCGAUUACACUAGAGCCGAAAAGGCGGCUCUGUCAAAACUGCCGCGCAAACUCAAACUUUUCACACAAGUGCGCCUAAACAUUACGCUUUCUAUGCAGGGCCUUACGCCUAGUCCUAUGUCUAUCUUGGACUCGCUAUGUAAAGAAUUUCUAGCAGUCAACGUGUCUGCUAUACUCUAUCUUAUGAAUCAUGAACAAUACGGGCGGUCUACUGCCUCUGCACAAUAUUUUCUACAACUCGCCGGAUAUCUUGGCAUACCGGUCAUUGCAUGGAACGCAGACAACAGCGGCCUAGAAAAACAUGCGUCCCACGCAUCGUUGCGACUUCAGUUGGCACCGACGAUCGAACACCAAACUGCUGCAAUGUUAUCAAUACUGGAGCGAUACAAAUGGCACCAGUUUAGCGUUGUCACUUCAGCUAUUGCUGGCCACGACGACUUUAUACAAGCUGUGCGUGAAAGAGUCACUGCCCUCCAAGAUCGAUUCAAAUUUACGAUACUCAACGCUGUAGUUGUCAAAAAAGCAGCUGAUUUGAAUGAGCUAGUCACAAGUGAAGCACGUGUUAUGCUAUUAUACGCCACUAGAGAAGAGGCAGCGGAUAUACUAUUAUCGGCUGGAGAUCUACAUCUAACUGGCGAGAAUUUCGUUUGGAUUGUAACACAAAGCGUACUUGGUUCUAUGCAGUUACCAAAUAAGUUUCCUGUCGGUAUGCUAGGCGUACAUUUUGAUACAUCGAGUUCAUCAAUUAUCGCCGAAAUAGCAACAGCAGUUAAAGUGUUUGCGUAUGGCGUAGAGUCCUACAUUUCUGCACCAGAGAACAUUCGAUAUCCUCUUGGAACUAGACUUUCUUGUAGUGGAGAAGGCACCGGAGAAGCACGUUGGUCAACUGGUGAAAGAUUUUACCGGCAUUUACGUAAUGUUAGUGUCGAUGGCGAAUCUGGCAAACCGAGUAUUGAAUUUACCCCUGACGGAGAACUGAGAGCAGCUGAACUUAAAAUUAUGAACCUCAGGCCAACCCUUGGUGAUCAGCUGGUUUGGGAAGAAAUCGGAACAUGGAACUCUUAUCCCAAAGAGCGCUUGGUAAUAAAAGAUAUAGUGUGGCCUGGUGGCUUGCAUACACCGCCUCAAGGUGUUCCAGAAAAAUUUCAUAUGCGUAUAACAUUUCUCGAAGAACCGCCCUACAUAAAUCUGGCCCCACCUGAUCCUGUCAGUGGACGAUGCUCUUUAGACCGUGGAGUGAUUUGCCGAGUAGCACCUGAAGUUGACGUCGCUGGGUUAGAAGCAGGCACUGCGCACAGGAACAGUUCUCUUUACCAGUGCUGUAGUGGAUUUUGUAUAGAUCUUCUGCAACAACUCGCUGAACACCUUGGAUUUACUUAUGAGCUUGUGCGAGUGGAAGACGGUAGAUGGGGUACUUUACACCAUGGAAAAUGGAAUGGAUUAAUAGCCGAACUAGUCAACAAGAAAACCGAUAUGGUAUUAACAUCGCUAAUAAUAAACUCGGAUCGAGAGUCUGUUGUGGAUUUCAGCGUGCCUUUCAUGGAAACAGGCGUGGCGAUCGUAGUUGCAAAACGCACAGGCAUAAUAUCCCCGACAGCUUUUCUCGAACCGUUCGACACGGCUUCAUGGAUGCUCGUUGGGGCAGUUGCUAUCCAAGCGGCCACGUUCUCGAUAUUUUUCUUUGAAUGGCUAUCACCAAGUGGUUUCGAUUGCUCAACAGGCCUUAAUUCUAAACGUGUACCACAAAAUAGAUUUUCCCUUUGUCGAACGUAUUGGAUUGUUUGGGCAGUGUUGUUUCAGGCAUCAGUGCAUGUAGACUCUCCUCGGGGCUUUACUGCACGUUUUAUGACUAACAUGUGGGCAAUGUUUGCUGUGGUGUUUCUUGCGAUAUACACGGCUAAUCUUGCCGCUUUUAUGAUUACGAGGGAGGAAUUUCACGAGUUAAGCGGACUGGAUGACCCACGGAUAGCGCGGCCGCUAUCUCAGCGCCCCGCGUUGAAAUUCGGCACAGUGCCCUGGUCACACACAGAUGCUACUCUAGCUAAAUAUUUCCAGGAACCACACGCUUAUAUGGCUCAGUACAACCGCAGCACAGUAAGCGCCGGGGUGACCAGCGUUCUUACUGGAGACCUCGAUGCAUUCAUUUACGAUGGCACAGUUCUGGAUUAUCUUGUGUCUCAAGACGAAGACUGCCGAUUGUUAACUGUAGGCUCGUGGUACGCGAUGUCUGGCUAUGGAUUAGCGUUUACCCGAAAUUCUAAAUAUCUUAGCAUGUUUAAUAAGAGAUUACUUGAUUUACGCUCCAAUGGAGACCUAGAGCGGUUACGCAGGUACUGGAUGACUGGCACAUGUAAGCCUAACAAACAGGAGCACAAGUCUUCGGAUCCCCUGGCUUUGGAACAGUUCCUCUCUGCGUUCCUACUGCUGAUGGCGGGAAUCCUGUUGGCAGCGCUUCUGUUGCUGCUCGAACACGUAUACUUCCGUUACAUGCGGGAACACCUAGCAGCCUCUAGCGCGAGCUCCUGUUGUGCCCUCGUGUCUCUUUCAAUGGGACAAUCUUUAACAUUCCAUGGUGCAGUCGUGGAAGCGGCGGCCCAGGGUUUCGGCCCGGGCAAGCGCGGCCAUUGCCGUUCUGCUGUUUGUGCUGCUCAGGUGUGGCGGGCGCGGCACGAACGCGACGCGGCAGUGGCACGCGCGCGGCAGUUGGCGGCGGCACUAGCGGCACACGGGCUACAACCGCCGCCGCGACGCCUCGCUUCUGCCGCUGCGCUGUUGGCUGCGGGCCGCGCGCACGAUGCCACUCGUCCACGCACACUGCACGCACCUGCCGAUCUGCUGCCGGACCUCGACCGACCGCUCUCUUGCGGCGACCUGCGCGCCAGAGAGCGGACUCGAGUAGAGAUGGAAACAGUGCUGUGAGGCGCAUAUUGCGCCACCCUAUUUCAAUUCCUGAAGGCUGUUCUUACACCAAGUUAUACAAGACGAAGUUAGGUAUAUCUAAUGUUAAAAAUAUGGACAGAUAAAAAAAGUGUUGUAAUUAUUAAAUAAAUUAUUCCAAUUAUUAAAACAGAGAUGGAUGUAGAUAGCGAAGCGUUGUUGUGGGAAGCGCGCGCGGGGCGGGCUGGGCGCCGGGCGCGCCUC